AUGGGAAAUACAGUUCAAAACAACCAAACAAAGGAGACCAGAGUUGAAUCAUCAUCGCCUUCCAUCAAUGGAGGCACUCCACAUCAACUAGAAACAAUUCCGAAUCAUCCUCAUAGGAGUGGUGAUGAGUCGGUCCCUUUUUUGACUCGUUCAUCAUCAUUAUCAUCACAUAGUCAUAGGCUUGUUGAUCAAAUUCAGUUUGGUUCAAUUCCCGAUAAAUUUUGUAGCGUCCGUAUUCUGCUGAUGCAAAGUGGAAUGACAGGUAAUAUCACACUCUAUGACACUCACCAUGACGAAGCAUUUAAACAAAUUAGAGCCAAAUUACAUCUCAAUAUAAAAGAAUUGAAUGAAAGAUUUAGAAAAGAGAGGCUGCUAAAGCGAUCAACCCCUAGUUUUUUGGCAAAAAGUGCUCCCUCUGUGAAGCCACUUCUCGUGAGCAUGCUGAGUGGAGAAAAAACGAAAGGCACUCAAACUGUGAAACAAGAGCAACAGCCCCCGCAGCCACUCAAGAAUGACAAACAAAACACUAAACAAGCAGUUGGUCUUAAUGAUACAAGUAUUUUAGGAGAAAUGUUAUUUGGAUCAAUACCCAUUCAAAUUGUAGGACAAAAUACCAAAAUUCAUUCCGUUCCACAACACAAACAAACUUGUCUCAGUAAGGUAUUCCGAGUAGGUCUUCCAGUUAGCUCUGUAAUUAGUAAGAAAGAACAAGAGCAAAAUUUAAAGGAGCACCACUCUAUGAUUUCUAAAAUUCCAGAACAUGCCAACAAAAUCAGCGAAACAAAUAAUUCCACACAUCACAUUGAGCCUUCUCCAUCAUCAAGUUCGUCUUCCAUUAGAAGCAGAUCUGGAAGUAUUGUACAUAGUCCAAGCAAUAUCAGUAAUAAUAUAUCCUCUACUACCAACACUGGAGGAAGGGUAAGAAGUUUAUCAACAUCAGUCGCUGAAUCAGCAACAAAGGAAUUCAUUGAAAGUAUUGACAUUAAUGAGAGUAAGCAGCAAAAAUUCAAGAAAGAAAAGAAAAGAAAAAUUCAAAAGGACCAAGAAGUCUACAUGUGUAAAUCAUCCUUUGGUAUUUCAGUGCUCCUAGUUUUUCAUGAAAGUGGUGAAGACAAGGAUGAUCUUCAAAAUCCAAACCAAUUACAACGAUUAAUAUUUUCACAUUUUCCACUUUUUGAACAUAGAUUAAGGAAACUUCUCAACUCAUGCAAACAAGCACUACAAAAAUAUUUAAAGAAAAUUGUUGAAGAUGCAAAAGAAGCUGGUCGGUUGGAAGAAAUGUUCAGCGGUUUCACAUUUAACGUUCGGUCAUUUCAUGGAUGUUUGCAAGAGAGUGAGGAAAUUUCAAAAGCUUCAAUUGACUUUCAUAGAUUUGUUAUUUCAUUUUUACAUGCACCUCGCUUUCAUUCUCCAAUUUGGCAGUCUCAUUCACUUACGCCAUUCAAAAAGGGAGACGACUUUUCAUCGUUUUUAAAAGAUUUAUUACUUCUCACCAAUGUUGACCCUCAAAACAAAUUAUUUAUGACGCAGAUCAUUUCUACAGUUCUUGCCAAUCACCUUUCUUGGAUUGUACAUUUCACGAAAUCGCCUGAAACAGAAAUAGAAACCUCUCCAUCUAAUUUACUUGUCAGGUAUUUACGGUCUCUGUAUGGGGCUGGUUAUAUUACAGAUGAUGAGGGCUCUGAAAUCGACAUUUCAGAUAAUUUAUCAACUUCUUCUGUCGAACAAAAGAAAAAUAGACUUGGUCUAAAAAAGUUUUGCAAGAUUAUUGUCGUUGGGAGCUCAAACAGGCAGAUACGAUAUUGCAUUUCCUUAAUCACCUAUUUAUUGAGAUCUGUGCUCCUUCUAGAAAAAGAAUUUUCGGUCGACAUCCAAUCUGGAACAACAUCAAUCCAAAAUAUGAACUCAUCUGAUACAAACAUAAGAGAGACACUUGCCACUCUUACACCAAUGCAAUUUAUUGAAAUGGCUCCUCCAUUAGAAUCAAAGAGAAGUCCAAAAUUGUUUCAAAAAACAUUCUUUGUUGAUUACCAAUCUUCUUCGGGCCAAUCUGAUGACGAUAAUGAGGCCAGCAUUAAGCCUGUCACUUUGGUUCCACAGCCAAACUGUUCCUCAACACCAUAUACGGAGGAAGUUGCACAACUUAAUUUAAAAAACAAAUUCAACAAGUUCGGAAACGCAUUGUUUGGCGACGUGUGUACUUGGUAUUGUGGAGGAUUUGUAAUUUCAGGCUUACCAAGAUAUGUCACUUUUCAACAAGAACUAAUUGAGGAUUUGGAAUUUGUUCAAACCGAGAGCAUCGAUGGAGAUCCAAGACUGCCCGAUAUAGCCAGUUGUGUCGUUGUUGAUAUUGAGGGAAGAUCAUGCAAUGUCAUUAUAUCUCAUCAGAGCCGUGUUAAAUUUGAAGAGGGACAUGUCUCUGACAUGAUAUCCAACAUGCUCUCAGAAAUUUUAUGCCUUAAAACUCUCAAUGACAGCUCAGAAACCAAUGCCGUCUGUGAACAACUAUUUCAAGAUACACUCUACAGUUUGGUGCUAAAAGCUAAAUUACUUCUCACCCUUGCUGACUCGCUCAACGUCGAACAAUCCUCAAAGAAUUCAAUUCAAAAUACAUCCUCUUUACUCUCCUGGAGAUCCCAAAAGAAGCAAUAUAGCAAAGGUUUGGCAGAUGUCAUCAAAAAGAAGUUCAAUAAUGAGAAAUCAAAAAAGCAAACACCGGAACCAAUAACGUAUGCCCAAAUGGCCGGUCUUUUGGGUGUUUCUGUUUCAGACAUGCCAUUACUCAUCUCUAUUGCUAGUGCCUACCGAGCAGAUAUAGUUAAAAAGAUUGUUCCUCAAAUCAAAUCUUCUUCAAAAAAGAAGAAACGGUAA